AGAUCAUGCAAGCAAGCUCGGUUAAAUGCCGGAGACAGCCGCCGCAAGGUAAGCCCUGCACCGUCCUCGAUCAAGAUCAAGCCACGUUCGCAUUUCGGUUUCAUGCGCCACAAUGACGUUGACGCCUACCGGUAGCUGUUUGGAGGGAGGCGACACGACAUCCAUCUCAAGCGCAAAUCUGGGACCUGAUCACGGGCAGGCUCCGUUCCUCCCUCCUCCCUUGCUUUGCGUCUUCUGUUAUCACCAUUUUGUCAUCUUGAAAAGAAAAAGAAAAAAAACCUCGAACCUAGCAUCCGUCACCCUAGCAGACUUCAAGAUGGCGAACGCUGGUGCCCCUCCCGACUAUUACAAGAUCCUCGAGAUCGCGGAGACGGCCACAACGCAGCAAGUUCGUGAUGCAUACAAGAAGGCAGCCCUGAAGACACAUCCGGACAGGGUCCCCGCCGACUCGCCCGAACGCGCGACCCGCACCCGCAAGUUCCAGCUUGUCAACGAUGCCUACUACACGCUCUCCGACACGCAAAGACGGCGCGAGUACGACGCCCAGCGCAAACUGUUUGGCGCGUCGGCCGGCGCGACGUACGGCGACUUCUCCGACGACGACGACCCGGCCGAGGAGGUGCCGCCCCAGCAGACCGGUGGUGGCGGGAACUCGCAGAGCGCCUAUUCGUGGGCGUGGAACUUCUUCACGGGCGGCAAGCAGAGCGAGGCGGAGCGCGAGAAGGCGGGCAACCAGCAGUUCGGCGACGUGUUCGAGGAGAUGCUGCGCGAGGAGGGCAUGGCCGAGGACGGCACGAACCGGCCGACGGGCUCCUUCUGGGGCACCAUCGGCGGGCUGAGCGGCGGCGCGCUGGGAUUCAUCGUCGGUAACAUGCCCGGCGCCGUCGCGGGGGCCGUCGCCGGCAACAGGCUCGGCGCCGUCCGAGACACGCGGGGCAAGAGCGUCUACGCCGUUUUCCAGGAGCUUCCUCAGCCGGACCGCGCAAGGUUGCUCACCCAGCUGGCUGCCAAGAUCUUCAGCCACACGGUGGGAGUCUAAAGGGUAUUAGUUAGGGUUGGUAGUUUCGGGGUUAUUAUACAUACCACUCGGGCAGCUCGGAGUUUGGGACGGAAUGGGACGCGCAGGUAGGAAGCUUCACGUAAUCGGACGGGCACACACACAUCAGUACUCUGGUAGAAAUAAACUAGAUAGCUCACU